CCCCGCCCCCUCAAAUUUCACGUGCGCGUGCGCGCGCCUCGCGUGGACGCCGCGCGGAAAGGUAACGGCCGCGGCGCGAGCCUGCGCCUACCCGGGGGGAGGGGCCCCAACGGCCGCCCCCCAACGGCCGCUCUCCGCCGCGCCUGAGGGGAGAUUUCCACCUGGAGAUCUGUGUUCUUGUGCUGAUUUUCCGAUGAAGUACAUCCUGGUAACUGGUGGUGUCAUCUCAGGCAUUGGCAAAGGGAUCAUCGCAAGCAGCAUUGGCACCAUACUGAAAUCAUGUGGUCUGCGUGUCACGGCAAUCAAAAUUGAUCCUUACAUAAACAUAGAUGCUGGAACAUUUUCACCAUAUGAGCAUGGUGAAGUUUUUGUACUGAACGAUGGUGGAGAAGUUGACUUAGAUUUAGGAAAUUAUGAGAGAUUCUUGGACAUUAAUCUCUAUAAAGAUAACAAUAUCACCACUGGAAAGAUAUAUCAGCAUGUUAUCAAUAAGGAAAGACAUGGUGAUUAUCUGGGAAAGACUGUUCAAGUUGUUCCACACAUCACUGAUGCAGUUCAAGAAUGGGUAAUGAAUCAGGCAAAAGUUCCUGUGGAUGAUGACAGAAAAGAGCCACAAAUCUGUGUAAUUGAGCUGGGAGGAACUAUUGGAGACAUUGAAGGAAUGCCGUUUGUUGAAGCAUUUAGACAGUUUCAGUUCAAAGCAAAAAGAGAGAACUUCUGUAACAUCCACGUUAGUCUAGUACCACAGCCUAAUGCCACCGGUGAACAGAAGACAAAACCAACACAGAACAGUGUUCGAGCACUGAGGGGUCUAGGCUUGUCUCCAGAUUUGAUUGUCUGCAGAAGUGCAAAACCUAUAGAAAUGGCAGUGAAGGAAAAGAUCUCAAUGUUCUGCCAUGUGGAGCCAGAGCAGGUCAUAUUUAUCCAUGAUGUUUCUUCCACUUACCGAGUACCAAUUCUGUUGGAGGAGCAAGGCAUCAUUAAGUACUUUAAACAGAGGUUAAAUUUACCCAUUGAUGACCAGCCAAGUGAUCUGCUAAUGAAAUGGAGGAAAAUGGCUGACAGAUAUGAAAGGUUGCUGAAGGUGUGUUCCAUAGCUCUCGUUGGCAAGUAUACAAAACUAAGUGAUUGCUAUGCAUCUGUUUUCAAGGCUCUGGAACACUCUGCGCUGGCAAUUAAUCACAAACUGGAUUUAAUGUACAUAGAUUCAACAGAACUUGAACGUUCUACAGAAGUGGAGAACUCAGUGAAAUAUCACCAGGCAUGGCACAAGCUAUGCAAAGCAGAUGGCAUUCUUGUCCCAGGAGGGUUUGGAAUUAGAGGAACAGAAGGCAAACUCCAAGCUAUCUCCUGGGCAAGAACAAAGAAAAAACCUUUCCUUGGAGUUUGCCUGGGAAUGCAAUUAGCAGUUGUGGAAUUUGCAAGAAACUGUUUAAAUUGGAAAGAUGCAAAUUCUGUAGAAUUUGACCCAGACACAACAAACCCUGUUGUCAUUGACAUGCCAGAACACAAUCCUGGAGAUAUGGGUGGAACCAUGAGACUGGGGAAGAGGAGGACUGUUUUCAAAACACAAAAUUCUAUUUUAAGAAAACUUUACGGUGAUGAAAUGUUUGUAGAGGAGCGACACAGGCAUCGAUAUGAGGUGAACCCCGAACUGACUCACAGCUUUGAAGAGAAAGGUUUGAAAUUUGUUGGCCAUGAUACAGAAGGGAACAGAAUGGAAAUUAUUGAAUUGGAGAACCACCCAUAUUUUGUGGGAGUUCAGUUCCACCCAGAGUUUUCCUCAAGACCUAUGAAACCUUCACCUCCAUACCUUGGACUGUUACUUGCAGCAACUGGAACACUCAAUGCAUACCUGCAACGUGGUUGUAAACUGUCUCCAAGAAAGAAUGACAGCUACAGUGACCUCAGUGAUGACAGCUCUCCAGAGAAAGAGUUUCCUAAUUCAGAAACAAGAUGAAAUGGUUGUAUGAGAACACAGAAAUGGACAGUGCUAUUGAGAAAGUUGGAAAUGGGGCAAUACUGAAUAGAAGAAAGUGGAAGAGUAAGCUGCUUGUGCUUCUUACUACAAGAAUACAGUAUCUCCUCACAUACCAUUUGCAAUUAUUCUCCUUACAGAAAACAGUUCUUCUGUCCUUUAGCAAAAUCUGUUUGUAUAAAUGCUGUUUCUCUUUAAAGAUGACAUAAAUGGUUGUGCACCUUGACUGUUAAUCAUUAUUGAUCUUGUCCUAUAUUUCAGAAUGAUCUCAGGUGAAUAUGCAUUAUUUCACCAGUUCACAGUUAUUCUUGCUUUGAAGGAAGGCUUGAUUGUUUUCAUUUCACCUUAGAACAGUAAGAUGAAAUACAUUUGUCUUUGUCAAUGAGGAGGGAAUACAUGAAAAAUUUAAGGGGCAGUUGUCCAUGAGCAGUAGAGAAAGGUUUUGGGUUUGUUUCCCUGUUAAGCUUGUUGUAUGUAUGUGUAUAUAUAUUUUUCUUUCCUUUUUUUUUUUUUUUUUUUGCUGUUCAAUAUGUACAAAUGAGAAAUUGUUUUUGUAUUUCAGCUGUUUGUGAUUAUAAUAAUUGAUGUUGGAUAUGCAUGUCUUUUCUCUUGGCUUUUAUAUGUGAUUCCAUUUGACAAAAAUUCAAGUUUGUUUGCUCUGUUUCCCCUGAAAGUCUGAUAAUAUUGAACCUACCAAGUUACAGAAGUGAUAUUAGAAGGCGUUUUUGUAUUCAUAUUUUGUAAGAGAGAAAGUAAAUGCACUCAUAUUUUAAAAUGCAAGCUGUAUGCUUGCACAAAAGUUGUAGAAGAACCAGUCAUAAACGUGGAGCAUAAUCUGGGUCCAGUUGUAUAACACUCAUUUAAUUUCAACAAUUGAGUAUAACACUGAAUUAAAGUUCAACCUUGUUUUCCCUCAUCCAGUGACCUCACCAUGGUGAUGGGACUCACUUGCAGUAGGACAAAACAGUGUAUUUAAAUUUAGAAAUCACAAGUUACUUCAUUGUGUGACACGUGCAGGCUGCUCUUGCAAAGCCAGGACAAUAGCCUGAAUCACUGAGACAGAAAGGGAAGGUGAGAGGUGCUGUACUGUCUGUAAGGCUGGAUCCCAUUAGCACAGUGGCAUCAGAGGAGAUGGACCUAAGCUAUGUAACUGAUAGGUCCCAAAUGCUUGAGGCACCCCUUCCUAUAAAGCAUUUUAAUUGUUAGUUUUGUUUCGCUAUGAUUUUGGGCAAAGUGGCUUUUUUUAGUAGAUCAAAAGGUAAAUAUCUGUACAAAAACAAAAAGCACCAUGUCUCUUUUACAAUUUUGUAAAACAGUAAGUUUGAGAGCUUUGUAUUGCUUUAUGAAAUCUCAGGUUACUCAAACAAUAUCUGUCUUCACUAAAGAAGCUUUAAUGGUAAUGAAAUAAAAAAUGUUCCUAUGGAAGUGGUUGUUUUAAAGUGUUUUACGAAUACGUGCCUUACAAAUAGCAGGUAUUGUCAGAACUGGUAUCACUGUAUGUCUUUCCCAAUGAGAGAGACUGGCUACUGGUUUGUGAAAAGCAAAUAAUUUCCUAACUCCAUCUGUAAUGUUCAAAUGUAUUUUCAAAUAUAUUUAAUGGUAUUA